GCCUCUUACGUCUGACGUCACUCGCCCAGCACACCCCGCUACUUCCUAUGCCAUGCCAGAUUCAGCUCAACCUGUAUCCUGACUGGAAUAGUGAUUAGAAAACAGCGCUUUUUCUAUAUGAGACACGGACACAUUUAUGGACACACAGACGGCGGGAGAACAAGUUUUUAUAAAGUGACGCGAACCGGUUGGGUGACGACAGACCACAGUCGAUUCCGGUAGUACAGAUUUCAGUGCGGAUAAAACUCUUCAUUUCAACCUUGUUGCUGCAGUCAAUCACGAAACGGAAAGAUAACAUGACAUAGUGUCGUAUAUUUAUUCAUAUACAUGAGCAGUUGGGUUUUCCGCUACUUUUUUGUUUUGGAAUGACGUCACAUUUCUAGGUGCGUGACGUCAGUGUAUUCAGGACACCUUCGUAAAGACAAACUGCAUUACCCGACACGGUGUGGGUGUUUUAGGGGUAUCAUGGGUAAGUUCCUGUUAUUUACGUCUUAGAUGAUAUCAUGAGGACGUAAUGAGCAGUCUUACCAAAAAGACACGUUUUACUGAUGCCGCAAACCGGCUGUCCUUUGACAACAAACCCUUGUUUGAUGAUGCCCUCCUCGGACUCUACAACGAGUCCAUUUGCGAAGGAAUCUAUACCACGCAGUCAGAUUUGGAUGGGCAUCCAUUGCCACAGGACAACAUGACCCUGAGACUCCGGGACCCUUUAGAUAACAAGGGCCCCGCUUCAGACCCUACAUGCAACAUGGACCCCAGCAAAAGCCCUGUUUCCGAUGACAUCCACACCAGCAAUAUAAGCCCAGCAGACUACCUCAAUAACAGCGUGGGUCCGGACGUCCGGAAAGGGAACCGCUCCAGCUGUCCCAGACACCGUUUCGAAGUGACCACAGAGCUUGGACCUGAAGAAGUGAGAUGGUUUUACAAGGAGGACAAAAAAACGUGGAAGCCCUUCAUGGGACACGAUUCUCUCCGAAUAGAAAUGAUUUACCGCAGAUUCUACGAGAGCCACGGUGCAGAGGAGAUGCCCAGAGAUGGAGGUGAACAGGAGCCGGCUGGGUCCAGAGCAUUAAUGGAGACGUCUGUUUCCACUGAGAACAUGACUGUUGAUGCGGUGUGUGUUCGAGGAGGACUGUAUGAAGUGGACGUUAAAAAUAAAGAGUGUUCGCCGGUAUACUGGAACCAACAGGAUGGUAUCCCCGUCAUGAGAGGCCAGUGGUUCACUGAUGGCACGUGGACCCCUGUAGAAGAAGAUGAGAGCGACCUCAUUGAGAAAGAACACCUGGCUUGUUUCAAAGGGGAACAGUUACAGGACGGUUUUGAGACGGACGUGCUGACCAGGACCGUGGACAAGCAGGAUGUUUUGUCCCACCUCCCCCCAUUCUACCUUCCCUUUCUGUUCAAAUGGAGCGGAUAUCAGGCUGGUGCUAAAGGUCACAAGAGAAAGAGAUGUCAAGCCAUUCACAGCCUGCAGCUGAGCAACAAUCAUGUGGACUGGUACAGCACCGAUGAGGUGUAUCUGUAUAGUGACGCCACUACAUCUAAGAUCGCUCGCACCGUCACACAGAAGUUGGGCUUUUCUAAAGCCUCCAGCAGCGGGACCAGACUGCAUCGUGGAUAUGUAGAAGAGGCCUCGCUAGAUGACAAACCUCCUCAGACGACACACAUUGUGUUUGUGAUUCAUGGGAUCGGUCAGAAGAUGGACAAAGAUCGAAUCAUCAAGAACACGGGCAUGUUGAGGGAGGCGGCGAGGAAGAUGGAGGAGAAACACUUCGCAGAGCAAAUGCAGGAGCAUGUGGAGUUUCUGCCGGUGGAGUGGCGAUCCGAACUGGCUUUGGACGGCGAUACGGUGGAGUCCAUCACACCAGAUAAGGUGAGAGGUCUGAGAGAUCUGCUCAACAGCAGCGCCAUGGACAUCAUGUACUACACAAGCCCUCUUUAUAGAGACGAGAUCACUAAAGGUUUAACACAGGAGCUGAAUCGUCUGUACUCUCUCUUCUGCUCCCGUAACCCUGAGUUUGAGACAAGUGGUGGGAAAGUGUCCAUCAUCUCGCACUCGCUGGGCUGCGUCAUCACCUUCGACAUCAUGACAGGCUGGGAUCCAGUGAGCUUCUGCCUGCAGGAACAUCACGAGCACCUGGAAGGAGAAGAUCUGCGCUGGACGACCAACGAUGAGCGCCACCUGCUGGACGAAAUGCAGCUUACUAGACAGAGGUUACGAGAACUACAAGAUCAACUUCAGAGACUGAAGGCCUCCACGCUCACACCCUCACCUAAGUUAAAGUUUAAGGUGGAGAAUUUCUUCUGCAUGGGUUCACCUUUGGCCGUGUUUCUGGCUCUGAGAGGGAUUCGUCCUGGAAACACAGGAAAGCAGGACCACAUCAUGCCCAAGUCCAUCUGCCCUCGUCUCUUCAACAUCUUCCACCCGACGGAUCCUGUGGCUUAUCGACUGGAGCCGCUUGUUUUGAAACAUUACCGCAAUAUUGCACCUUUACAGAUACACUGGUGUAACACCAUCAUCCCCACUCCAUAUGAUGAGAUCAGACCUACAUACUUAAACGUGAGUAAGGACGGCGUGUCUGACAUAGAGAGCGUUUCCAGCCCCAGCACCUCGCCUGUGUUAGCCAGGAGACAUUACGGAGAUUCCAUUACCAGCCUGGGAAAAGCCAGCAUACUGGGUGCUGCGAGUAUAGGAAAAGGCAUUGGAGGGAUUUUGUUCUCUCGUUUCUCUCGCUCUCCCAGUCUGCCAGCAGCAGUGGAUUCUGUGAUGUGUGACACAGAAGAAAGCCAAAACGAUUUUGCAUUUUCAUCCAUAUCUCCAUCAUCCUCUCCUUUUGAUACAACAGUGGAGAUGGAGCACCGCAUUGACUUUGAACUUCGGGAGGGUUUGGUGGAGAGCCGCUAUUGGUCAGCUGUUACCUCACACACGGCCUAUUGGUGCUCUCACGAUGUCGCUUUGUUUCUUCUCACCUUUAUAUACAGACAGCAGAUGGUGAACGGCGAAGCUGUGUAGCACACGUGGCUUUUACAAACUCUCCAGAUGAAACAGACACACUUGUCACCUGUUGCACUUUAACAUCGGCUCUGGCACUUUCAAGAAGACUUACCAGAAUGAGUUUGUUUGUAUGUCUUCCCAAACAGACAGAGGUAAUGCCGGACUAUGGAAAAAGCAUGUGCAGGUUUAUACUCUAAAUCUGGAAUGACUUUAAUAAAGCUCGAGUCCAAAGAACUCUGAAACACAAUGAGACUCGUCUGUGUCCUGCACAAAAUUCGCGAAAAAGAGAUAUUUCUUUACCCAGGCCAGGGGUUUCCCAAAGUGAGGGAUGCAAGGCGAAGGUGGGGCCGCAAGAUGAUUUCAAGAUUUUUUUAUUUAUUAUUAGAAACAUGAUCAAUUAGUGUAACAAAAUAUUAAAAUAUUUUUUUCUUUUUGACAAAAAGUCAAAAAUAAAACUAAGCAAAUAGAAAGCCGACCGCCUUUCAAUUUGCUUCGCCUCGAUCAUGACCCCUGAGGUGAUUACGUCACAUUAACGACAUCAGCAACCCCAUUAGGUUAGGUGCAGCAAUUCAAUUUACAACUCCAUGUUAAACAUCCCCAUAUGUUCACGCAGAUUAUUUGUCAGACUUUAGGGUUGGCAAACGUUGGUUAAUAUCGACCAAAGACAACACAGGGAGGCCAUCGGUGAAGCGCCGCAGUCAGAAAAGCCAUCGAUCUCAGGUACAAAAAGAGACUGGCGUUUGCAUUAAAAGGACAUCUAUCAACACUCGAAUCAGUUUGAUGAAAUGUGACCUAUAGUUAAUGGUUUAUGUAUAACAACAAGUAAAGUAAUGAGCCAAUUACUCUAAAAUAAUGUUAUGUUCGACUUCUGUUGUGUUGUCAUUAUGCCUGUGUUUUUAUAGACCUAAUAAGUGCAUGUGCACAGUUGCGUGUAACUUUUGUAUACUUUAACAACCUCUGUGGAUAGUGGGGGUCUCGAGUCACUGGCACUGUUCUUUAGGGGUUCGUGGGCUGAAAAGUUUGAGAACCCCUGACCUAGACUGUAAUACAUAUAUGCCCUAUUAAAUGCUGGCAUUUAUGUAAUGUGUACAUGAAGAUAUUUUUUAGAUUAUUUCGUUUGUUUUUCUAAAUCAAAAUGUGUGUGAUCAGUAUCUAUUUAUUGCAAAAGCAUAUGCAAUAAUAUAUUCGGACACGGUACCACCUAACACUGUUUUUUCACAUAAUGAGUUGAGACAAAUGAGAAAUAAACAAGAGCCCUUUCAUUAUUUUUAAAAUGCUGGACAUUUGGUAGAAUAAAAAUAUAUUUUGUGUCAAAUAACUAAACUAAAUGGCAAUUUUAAAACAACUUCCAAAUCAAAUAAAAAUGAGUAAUACAAAAGUCUCUUUAAUAUAAACAUUGUAAGCCUUUGUCUGUGCUUUUCCUAACCUUUCCUAAUUUCUUUUUAAGAAAUAGGCCAAUCAGCAUAUCCACGUUUACCAAGUUUGCAGUAAACACAGCGUCCCCUGCUGUCCAAAACACGUAUCGCGAUUCUUUUAACAUAUUUCAUAUAAUUCUAAAAGUUUUAAUCUUUUUAUCCCUACAAAAGGUACUUAAGGCGUGCAUCAUUGCGGCAUUAUUGAGCCUUACAAUAGACCCAUCGAUAAAUAUUUAUGAAUCACUAAGCAAUUUUUUUUAUUUGAGUCCAAAUCCUACUCAUUGUUUGUUAGGAUUAGGAAGCUUUAUUGAGGAAACAAAAUCUAUGUUCUAUAUAUAUAUAUAUAAACGUAUUAUAUAUAUAUAUAUAUAUAUAUAUAUAUAUAUAUAUAUAUAUAAACGUAUUAUAUAUAUAUAAAAGUAUCAUUAAGAUUUUGGUGUGAUGUUACCUGAACAUGUUUUUGACAUUGAUGCUUUAGCACCAGUGUUGAAGCUUCCUCUUGGCUUUCUAUAAUGUACUGUAGCUGUAUGGAAGAUUUGUACGUGAUGGGUUCUCGAAACUGUUCAAAACUUGUUAAUUUGAUGCCUCUGUUCAUGUGUUCAGGAAGCGUUUGACCGUGAAGCACAAGUUUAUUGACAUGAAAAGCCGAUGUUAUAGAGUGGUCAUGUUGAUUGAAAUGUAUUGAUGCUCCUACAGAUUUGUACAGCUGCUGUACUUUUAAGAGGUUUCAGAUGUCUUAGAAGUUUGAUAACAAUUGAAAUGGUUCAGAUUUAGUCCAAUUGAACUAGACUGUUUUUCUUAUGUAUUUUCUUCAUAGUCAUCUCACUCUGUUGCAUAAUCAUGUCUUGGUUUAUUUAUUAAGUAAAGGAUAUCCAGUCUCUAUUGUGCUAUCCUAUAAAUGUCAACAAUUACAAUGGCACUAGAGCUAAAAACUUGAAAACAACAUAUAGAUGGUCAUUUAAAGAUCUAGAGUAAAGGUUACAUAAAAUUAUUUUACUGUAUUUGAAAACCUGUUUUGGAUACAAAGUUACUUGAUACUCGAACAACUUUGCUUUUUAUCGUGAUUGUUUUGUUCAGUUCAAAAUAAAGGAAAAUAUAAUGGA